AUUUUAAAGUGGUAUUUAAUAUUUCAAAUGUCUUUGAAGAAUAUGUUAUCAGUUACGAAAUCCUUAAGUAUAGUCGUCAAAAUUAUAUAAUACUUAAUAUUCGAAUUCGUUUCAUGACAAGUAUUAAUUUCGUAUUUGUUACGAAAUUUGUAUAAAGUGAGAUUUAUCGAUAAAUAUAUAUAAACAACAUAAUAUCCAUUGAAAAUUUGGAACAGUAACUAGUAUUCUAUCACUAACAAAAUGAGUACAAUUGACAAAGUCUUAACAAAAUCUACUCCUACCAAAAAUAUAAAUGGACAUAAUAUCCAUAGUGUGGAGGAAAUUCAGAUACCUGUACCAUGGGGCAUCAUAAGCGGCAAAUGGUGGGGUCCCAAAGGGGUUCAACCAAUAGUGGCAUUACAUGGACGACAAGACAAUGCUGGCAGUUUUGACACUUUGAUUCCUCUAUUAUCUGAUGAGAUUUCAGUACUCUGUUUGGAUAUGCCUGGUCAUGGUUUAUCUUCCCAUUAUCCAAAAUGUCAGUACUAUUAUGUUUAUUGGGAUGGUAUUAUUCUACUACGUAGAAUUGUGAAAUAUUUCAAGUGGACAAAGGUGAAAUUACUUGGACAUUCCUUAGGAGGAGCAAUAUCAUUUUUAUAUGCUGCAUCUUUUCCUGAUGAAGUAGAAUUCAUGAUAAGUUUAGAUAUUGCAAGUCCCAGUAUAAGAGAUAUAAAAAAAUGUCCCGAUAUAAUUAGUGAUAAUAUUGACAAAUUUCUAAAAUAUGAAUCACUACAAUCUGGUGGUAUUCCAUCCUACGAUUAUAAUGAAGUGCUUGAAAUUGUUGAAGAUGCUUAUAAAGGUUCCAUAACUAAAGAAGGCGCAAUAAUAUUAAUGAAACGUGGUUUACGACCUGCCACUGAACCUGAGCGAUAUUAUUUUUCACGCGAUCCACGAUUGAAGGUUUCUGCAUUGGGUAUGAUAUCUUUGGAUCUAGUACUUGCAUAUGCAUCUCGAAUAAAGUGCGCUUAUCUUAAUAUUCGUGCUGUACCCGGAAUGAAAUUUGAUAAUCCAGAAUCUUAUGAAAAAAUAUUAGAUGAAAUAAAACUAGGUGCUAAAAGAUUUGAAUACCACAAAGUAGAAGGAACUCAUCAUGUACAUUUAAAUAAUCCUGAAAGAAUUGCACCCAUAAUUAACAAUUUCAUAAGUACUUAAUGAUUAAAUAUUUUUAACUGUAAACUGUGAAAUUUGUUUAAAAAUGAGUCAUGAGUUAAAAAUAUCUAAAAAAUAAUAAAUAUUACUAGUUACAAGGCCAAUGAACGAUGUUUUUAUAGUAUUUAGUGGUAUAUUAUUUUAAUGGGUAUUAUAUUUACUAGCCAACGGCGAUAACGCAUUAAAGUUUUGCUAACGCAGCGUAGCAAACUUAUACCGGUUUAUGCUUCUACGCAUAACUUAGUGAUAAAUGACCUCAAAGCGAUAUACAUUAUCAUUUCGUUUUUUCUUGUAUUAACUUAAUUUCCAUAGUUUUAACGAAAAGAAAAACGAUUUUGGUACUAUAUGCAAAUGUAAUUUAUUUUUUAAAAACUUUGUUUAUAAUUUAUUGUAAUAAAUAAUUGUGAAAAGGA